AUGUCUUGGAGGCAAUUCCAGUUCUUUGAAUCAAUACCCAUUAGGGAUCCAAGUUUCGGUACUGAAGAACCUUUAUAUUCCGAUCCAAGUUUAACAGCUAUUUGCCCAACUCCAGAUUAUUUAUUAAUAUCAACAAGCAACUAUGUCAUAAAAUUCAUUGAUAAGGAUCUUAAACUCAUCAAAUCAUUUAGUGCUUAUCAAGAAGGAUGGAGUAUAACUUACUUAAGAUAUGUUGAGGGUACAGAUUUUUUCGUUUCUGUUGCCGAAAGACAAGGCCAGCCAUCAAUAAUGAAACUUUGGUCAAUAAAUAAAAUCAUCACAAGACCAUCAAAUAAAAUAGAUGAUGCUUCAUAUCAUACCAUGGUUCAUGUUAAAAAUGGUAAUAAUUCAUAUCCGUUAACUUCAUUCACAUUUGCUAGUAAUUUUUCCAUAUUGGCAUUUGGUUACGCUAAUGGGAAUGUUGUUUUAGUAAGAGGUGAUUUGCUAAGAGAUAGGGGAUCAAGUCAAACAAUUGCAUACAAAUCAUCUGAUCCUAUAACUGGCUUAGAAAUCAUUCCUGGGAAUAAUUAUGAUCCUUUACUAUAUAUUACAACCACAGCUAAGAUAAUAACAGUACCCACGAUUGGAGGUAAUCAUAGUAAAGCAGAAAGAUGGUUAGAAAAAUCAAAAGGAGCAGAUUUGGGCACAGUAGAUAUUGAAAACGAUAAUUUGAUUGUUGGUAGAACUGAAGGUUUGGUAUUUUAUGAUACUAGUGGUGCUUCAUAUACUAUAUCUUUAGAUAUGCCGAAGAAAAAAAUCCAUAAGUUUGGGAAAUAUAUUCUAAUUGUGACUUCUAAUACUUCAACAAGUUCAAGUCUUAUGUUGAAUGGUUAUUCUGAGCCUACAAAGAUCAUCAUUGCUGAUAUUGAACAAAAAUUGAUUUCAUUUACUUAUACGAUUGCUUCAACAGUUAAUGAUAUAUUUGCAUUAUGGGGUGAUAUUUUCAUAUUAUCAACAGAUGGUAUCUUGUAUAAGUUCCAUGAAAAGGACUUGGAGGAGCAAUUAGGAAUAGUUGUGAAGCGUGACUUAUACCAGGUUGCUAUUGAUCUUGCAAAAGGAAGCGUUAGUGAAAGUGCAUUACUUGAUAUAAAGAGAAAAUAUGGAGAUUACUUAUAUUCCAAAAAUGAAACAACAGAAGCAAUGGAUCAAUAUAUUCAAACUUUAAGCUUGGGGAACACAAGUGAAGUUAUAAAGAAAUAUAAAGACAGUAAAGAAGUACAAAAUUUGGCUAGAUUUCUAGAAGAAAUGUUGAAUCAAAGGUUAUCAACUAAAGAACAUGUUACUUUGUUGUUAUGCACGUAUUGUAAACUCAAAGAUGUUGAAAAGUUGAAUGUUUUCAUUGACAAGUAUGACACUGAUUCAAAUGAUUUUGCAAGGGUUGAUUUUGACUUGGAUAUAGUUGUUGAACUUUGCAGGGAAACAAACUUAUUAUCACAUGCCUCGAGAUUAGCACAAAAUUCAUCAUAUUCAUCAUUAGCUGUUGAUAUUUUAUUGAGGGAUCUUCAUGAUUCACAAUCUGCUAUUCAAUAUAUCAAAACAUUACCUGUUGAGGAGACUUUAAGAAUCUUGGUUGAAUAUGCAAGAUUAUUACUUGAAUCAAUCCCAAAUGCCACCACUGCUCUUCUUAUUGAUGUUUUCACAGGAAAAUAUAAGCCCGAUACUUCUUCCAAUACCAAAGUCAUUGAUGCUGAUACAAGUGAAAGACCAGUUCUUCUUCAGAGUUAUAAAACAUUUGUUAGUUAUAUGUCUAGUGCCGCUAAUACAUUGACUGCCUCGAGCUCUGAUGAUCAUUUACCACAAAAAUUUUCAAAUGGUGAUGAACCUACUUAUCAACCACCAAAACCAAGAAUAAUUUUCCCGUCAUUUGUCAAUAGACCCAAUGAGUUUGUCAUCUUUUUGGAAGCAUGUGCUGAAAGUUUUGACAAGUUUGAAGGUGAUACUAAAGACAAGAAAGACAUUUUAAACACUUUGUACGAAUUGUACUUAACUUUAGGGAAUGGUUCAGAAGAUGAAAAUGUUGAAAAAGAAUGGGAAAACAAAGCUGUUAGUUUGGUCAAAGAAAAUGAAGGUUUAAUUGACUCUACGACUAUACUAUUGAUCUCAAAUAUAUUUGAUUUCGACGAAGGUCAAAUCGCUGCUAGAAAUGGUCCUGGAUUUGAAAUUGAUUUAUUCAGAUCUUGUGUUGCACAAGGCGAUGUCCCUGGUGCUGUUGAUGUAUUAAAUAAAUAUGGUGAAAAGGAACCUGAAUUAUACCCAUUAGCAUUGAUGUUCUAUACAUCAGAUGAAGAAAUUCUCGAGAAAGUUGGACCAGAAAAAUUUAAAGCUGUUCUAGAUAAGAUCAAGAAUGAUAGAAUAUUGACACCUUUGGAAAUAAUACAAGCAUUAAGUGUUAAUAAAGUUGCAACUAUUGAACUUGUUAAAGAUUACAUCUUAGAAUUCGUUGAAACAGAAAAGAGAGAAAUUGAAAUAAAUGAAAAAUUGAUUAAAUCAUAUAAAGAAGAAGCAGAAAAGAAGAGAAAUGAUAUUCAUGUAUUAGAAUCCACACCAACAACUAUUCAACCGUCCAACUGUGAUUCAUGUUCAAAUAAAUUAGAUUCUGAAACUGUUUAUUUCCUUUGUCAUCACUCUUACCAUAAGCACUGUUUGGCUGAAGUUGAUAAAUGUCCUAAAUGUACGCCAGCAAGAGAAACUGUGUCAAAUAUUAGAGAAGGUCAAAGAGUUAUUGGUGAAAGAAACGAUUUGUUCAACGCUACAUUACAAGAUAGUGACAACAGAUUCAAGGUCGUUACUGACUUUUUUGGUAAAGGUGCGAUGGAUCACGUUAACUAUUUCAUCUCAAACGAUUAA